CUUCAACACCAAGUGCAGAGAAAGAUGAUCAGUCGCCGCUGGAGUUCAGAGAGGAAACCGACCCUCAACCUGGAUCCUUCCGCACCGGAAGCUGUACACGCACAGUGAAGGAGCAAUGUCAUCCUUGUUCUUGAGGACCACGAAGAACCUGGUGAGAGAGCUGGGCAGGAAGGGCGAGCUGGUGCCUGUGGACAGCCUGAGCAGAUCGCCUCGCCUGCGCCCCUUCUGUCUGUUGAGGAAGAAGCACAAGCGUUACCUCUGGCCGUGGGACACGCCCCUCAUCCCCACAGACUUCUCCCUCCUGGACAUUCUGGAGCCUGGCUGCCCUGACCCAGAGGUGGAUCACAGCAGUCCCAUCAGCAUCUGGGAGAAGGCAGCAGGAGGGCUAACAGGGGCUGUGAGCCUGAGCGCUGGGUUGCAGGGCCAGGUGACGGGAAGCAGCAGUUCCAUCUGCAUCUCUGCCCUGGCGGUACGGACACUCUGGGUUUCUCCUUGUACCUGGGAGAUGCUGCUUGAGAAGAGGAAACUGAGGUCGCCUAGGCCCUCCUUCCUCCAGGAACUACAGAGCCGGAAGGAGAGGGAGAGCCUGUACGUGGUGACGGAGGUUGUGGAGACGCUGCAAGAGGCCAUACUUCAGAGCCAGGGCCAAAUGCUAGGAGCCGGGCAGCUGUCCCUCCUACAGCUGGGAAACGUUCAGGUCCAGGUUCAGAGCCACAUGGACACAGAGAAAGUGGUGAGCAUCCCACAGGGCAGUAUACUGGCUUACAGGGUUCUGCAGCUGGUGCUGGAGGAAGACGGCUGGGCUGUCCUUUACUUCCCUGAAAGAAAGCUCUGCAGGGACACCGGGAGAGGCAUAGCCAUCAGCCCGGACUCAGAGAAGGAGUCCAACUUCCAGAGCUUGCAGGACGAAGCGGAUGGCCAGUUGCAGGACCUGGCCACAUUGUCCUCAGAGCUACGGGCCACAUUGCUGGGUACCCUCCAGGAGCUGCUACAAGACUGCCGGGCACUCCAGGAGCUGGAAGACACGUUGGAAGAGACUCUGGACACUGGCUUGCUGACACAGCUGGAAGGCCCUGGGGGCUUUGUCUUAAGCAUCCUCCAAGACCCUGUAGGAAACCUGUUGUGCUCAAGAGGCAGGGCUAUCCUCUACAUUCUUGGAGCCCUAGCAGCACUGAAUGAACCCCAGCAUUGCCUGUUGGCCCAGUCCAUAGAAAGAAGAAUCCUAGCUGAGGAACUGGAACUGGUGGCGACCAUCCUGGAACACAACUGGAAUCAGAUGGAGGAAACGACCUGUCCUCUCCCAGCAGGAGUCCUCUGUGCUCUGAAGAGUGAGGAUGUGGUCCUCAUUAUAAGCCUGGUGCAGAGCUGUGGGCUGCAGCUGGAGCAGCCCAGCUGCCAGCUCACCUGGGACCCCACAGUGAUGCCUCAGCUCUCUGCUCUCUAUGGGUGCCUCACAGGGCUGCAGCUACUGGCUGACCUAAGCCCUGGGCUUUCUACGACAGUGCUUCCAGAGGGAACACUGAUAUGUCCCUAGGGUCACAUCCAACCAGACUCCUGGCAGCCCAUGUCACUGACCUCCUGUGGUCACAGCUGAUGGUAGGCUUCCACCAGGCCAGGCUCCACUCAGGACUGGUUUCAGGCAUCAGAAACACCCAUUCAGAACAAAGAAGGCUAGGACCACCUGGGCUAGCUGCAGAAGAGUUUGGCUCUGUACCCUGCUUGGCUACUACUCCCAGCUGUGUAGCUUAGACAGCACAGUCCCCCUCUGUGCUCAGGUGAAAUCAGUCACUGUAAAUGAUUUGUGAUAAUUCCUCAAGCACAAGAUGGCAGUGAGAACUUUCAAAAUUACACAUGACAUGCUUACAAGAGUGCUGCUAUUGUAUGGUGCAAAGUAAACGAGGCCACACAGGGAAGACAUUAUGCAGAGUAACACAGACAGGCUGUCCUGCCUUGCAUUUUUCUGCAGCUUUCCUAAACACCCCCCUGCCCUGCCACUAUAACAUGAUAAAUGGGUUACACUGCUCAGGUGCCAGCCAACUGCACCUGUUGGAGCAUGCAAUAAUCAAGAGAGGAGUCUUCAACAAAAAAAGAAAAUUAAAUAAAAAGUAACUGGACCCUUCCCUGAUA